AUCCCUUAUCGUGCCGUGGAUCUUAUUGUUUUCUUUGGGGUUCUCAUUAUCUUGGAAUCAGAGCAUCAGAUCCCUAAAUCAGGUUUCAAUCAUGUCAAGCGGUGAUGACAGAAACACCAAGUGGAUGAUUCCUUCAUGCUCAAAGCAAUGCAACAAUAAUUUCAGAGGCUAGACAUCAUGUUUGGUGAAAUUAAAGACAAAAUGGAGAAGCAAGAUGCAGCCAUUGCCAAGUUAUACCAAAUACAGAAUGGAAGUCCAAAUUUGUAUAAGCAUGAUCUUGAUGACAAUGAUGAAGAUGCAAUCAAUGAUGAAGAUGCAAUCAAUGAUGAUGCCCAGAACUCAAAUUUCAGCAUGGACAGAUUUAUGAGAGGGAGACCAUGGCAAUAUGAUAGGAGGGUAACACAUGAUGGCUUCAAAAAUCGCUAUUCAUUUGUCAUGGAGGGGAAAACAAUUACUCCUGCACCAUUGAGUCCAAGGCAGGUUUAUGAGGAUCAACUGAGAGUAAAAAAGGAGAGUGAGCUGAGAAAUGAGAGUGAGCUUGAGGAUGCUUAUUUCAACACUAAUGAACUUAAUGAUUCUUUGCCUAGUGCUGUUAAAUCUCUUUUGCAGGACUUCAAGGAUGUGUUUCCAAAUGACGUUCCUAAACCACCAAUAAGAGGAAUCGAGCAUCAAAUUGACUUCAUUCCUGGGGGUGUUGUUUCAGCUGAUGGAAUCACAGUAGAUGAAGAAAAGGUUAAGGCUAUUAAAGAAUGGCCGACACCUAAAAAUGUUUCUAAGGUGCGGAGUUUUCAUGGUUUGGCGAGUUUCUACUGGAGAUUCAUCAAGGAUUUCAGCACAAUUGCAACACCGUUAACUGAUAUUGUGAAAAAAAGUGCUGGAUCUAAGUGGGAAAGUGAACAGGAGAAUGCUUUCAAUUUAAUUAAGGAAAAUUUAAUUUCUGCACCGUUACUUGCUUUACCUGAUUUACUAAAACUUUUGAAAUUGAAUGUGAUGCAUCAGGAGAUGUAUGCAUUGGGACAAGGUAAGUUGAAUAGACGACAUGCUAAGUGGGUGGAAUUCCUUGAGACGUUUCCCUAUGUGAUCAAGUAUAAGCAAGGAAAGGAAAACAUUGUGGCUGAUGCAUUAUCUCGUAGGUUCUUGAAGAUGGCACACUUCAUUCCAUGUCAUAAAACCGAUGAUGCAACUAAUAUUGCUGAUCUGUUCUUCAAGGAGGUUGUUCGUUUACAUGGUGUUCCAAGGACUAUUGUUUCUGAUUGUGAUGUUAAGUUCUUGAGUUACUUUUGGAAGACCUUGUGGGGAAAGUUGGGAACUAAGCUAUUGUUUUCAACUACUUGUCAUCCACAAACUGAUGGACAAACAGAAGUGGUUAAUAGGACGUUAUUGGGUUUGGGUGCAUAUGCGAAAGGAGCGAUUCCUGCACAAAGGCAUUCUAAGCUGCAACCAAGAGGCGAUGGACCAUUUCAAGUGAUUGCGAGGAUUAAUGGCAACGCAUACAAGUUGGAGCUUCCUGGUGAUGAUUUGAGGACAAAUCCUUUUGAGGAGAGAGGGAAUGAUGGGAAUCAAGAUGACAGCAUAUCUGCUAUGUCAUGUGAUCCAUUACACACCCAAGGAGGUCCAGUCACGCGAGUUAGAGCUAAGAAGAUGCGUAAAGUUUUAAAUGGCCUUAUUGAGCAGAUCUGGGUUGAAAACAACAUACAACAAGCAAAUCGAAGCUUGGAUGAUUAUCAAGGCAUGGUAAACAUCAUUCAGGUUCAAGAGAAGCUUAGUUGAGGUCAUUUGCACGGAAUUACACAGUUUGCGUCAAAAUUACACAAUUCUGCCGCAAUUUGUAGCAAACUGAUAUUUUGUAUUAUUUUAGGUUAUUUUUAGUGAUUUUCACGUUUUUUGUAUUAUUUUUGGGCUGAACAUUCGCUUAUUUGAAGCCCAAUUCGUAGUUAUUAGGUUUAGG